CCAACCUUUCCUACUUUCUAGGCGCUCGACUAUGACUGCCACGUGCAGCAACAGGACAUCCCACAAGCCAUACAAUUGCUCGGCGAGAUGAACAGCAAUGUGAAACAAGUCACCGAUCUUGUCGAAAGCAUGUUGCAACGCGUCAAACGUGGCGAACUAACCACAGAAUACGGCUUGAGUUUUCUCGAAGUCAAAUAUCACAUGUUGCUCGACUAUUUGAUAAAUCUAACUUAUGUAGUGUUACGCAAAUGCUCCGGCGAAACCAUCGAAGGUGAUCCAUCCAUUGAACGAUUAAUCGAAAUACGCACAGUUUUGGAGAAAAUACGACCAAUCGAUCAUAAGUUGCGCUAUCAGAUCGAUAAGCUGGUGAAGACAGCCACCACCGGCGUAUCGAGUAGUACCGAUCCGAUUUUGUAUAAGCCCAAUCCAGAUAAUAUGCUAACAAAUGCUGGCGGUGAUGAAGAUGCCGAUGAGGAUGAUGAAGACGCAAGCGAAAAUUCGGCAUCCGAAAGCGAUGGCGAUGAUGAGGAAGGCGAGGCUGGCGUGAAGAAACCCAAAAAGGGCGCUACAGCUGGUAAAACUGGUAUUUAUGUGCCGCCCAAAAUUAAGCCAGUCUACUAUGAUGGCGAUGAGAAAUCUGCGGAUAAGGAUAAGAAAAUGAUAGAGCGCGCCAAGAAGCGUGCCAUCACCGCCUCAAUGUUGCAAGAUUUGAAGGAAGAAUAUCUCGACGCACCUACCGAACUAUCAUCCGGGUCACGCGCCCAACAACUGCUCUCCAAACAACAGAAAGAGAAACAAGAAUAUGAGGAGACCUAUUUGACACGUCUGCCGGUGACCAAAGCGGAAAAGCAUCGCCAACGCAAGUUGACCACUCUAGCCACACUCGGCGAUGAGAUACUCGGCGAAAUUAGCCGCGAUCCGGCGUUGCGUGGUGAGGGUUCCAGUGGUGGCAGUAAAAAACGUAAAUUGAAGGGCAAAGGUAAAAAGCGUGGUGGCAAGAAGCGGAAGUUCCAUUAAAGCAAAGAGCACGUAAGAUCAACGCGCGCGUAUAUGUAUAAGAGCAGAAUAACAUAAACGAGCACACUUAUAUUGUAUGAGAAGCGUAAAAUUAAGCAAGUAAAAGCAAACAACAACAAAAAUGAAAAAAAAAA